ACCUCCAUUCUUUUUAUUUUUUUAAUUUUUUAACCAAUUACCUAGUAUAUCUAUCUUACUGAGCUUUGGCUCAUAUCCAGUUCCUUCACUCAAUGCCAAUAUCUAACAUUUCUCAUCGGAAAAUAAAAAUUGAAAGAAAGGAGACCGGGAAAAAGAAGGGGUUCGGCCACGAGCUGGACACGCCGUGGCGCUUUACCUAGGGUCUUACAUUAGCGUGGGAACCGGCUCUCUGGUAAAUCAAGCUUCGUCGCAACCAUCCGUCGUGGGUCGUUUUGGUAGCACCAACUAAAUCCCACCGACCCGUCUCUGGAACUUUGUCCUUCCUUUAUCUGCCCGCCUAUACCCUCGCCUCCAAUUUGGCCCGAGAUGUUCGACAAUUUUACCCUCACGCAGAGGGCCGACUCUGACGCAACAUCAGACGAAGAUAAUCCGUUACCCUCUCCGAAAAGUAAAUCCUCCGAAGAACCAUCUCCCACGAUGGCCACACUCGCGACUCCGACGGGUGCCCUAUUCAACCAAGAUGGCGAUCGGAUAGAUUGCCUCGUUCGGAAGAUGAGCCAACAGACAUUUGUGCGCGAUACACGAUCUGCAAUGUCACUUGAGCUGCAAAAUUGCGAGGCAGAUUUUAAUCUGCCAACCGACCAAAUGCCAAUACAAAUACAAAUAGACGCAUCUUCAAUCUCGGCCGGACCCUCAAAUUUUCCCUUGGCCGGAGCGGCGACAGAAUCUGAUCCCAACCAACUUAUCAUUCCGGCAAUCGAUAGUGAUCCAACACAAUUACCUCGGCCGCAACAACACUACGAGAUUAUAGAGAACCACGUUAUACAUCCCAUUGCCAGUGGAGACUCUAACCCAAGGGUCCCCGACGGAGAUAGGCCUUGGAGGCAACCCGAAACGCGUCUUCACAACAGCACUUCCAAUCCUCGCACUUUAAACCUGAUGACAACCAUGAUUGAGAACGGAGCACAGUGCAACGUGCGUCCCUCAAGGCCUACAAGUCCCAUGCCGUCGCCCUACCCGCUCUCCUCUAACCUAAUACCACCUUCUUCCGAACCUAUACAAUUCAAAAAACCCGACUAUAACCUCAAUCCACAGAUGUUUCACGAUAGCAACAUGGAAUUAGAGGUUGACCCCAGUUUCUGUAACGGGGAGAACGAUGAUGAGGUUACUCUUGGUGGCCCCUCAGCUCUAAGAGACGCUAGCACCCCAGCUGGCGUCAGGAAGUUCGGGUAUCUUAAGUAUAGAUCAUCCUACGAAGCAGCAGCACGAUGUAAGAAUAUGAGGAAGAAUAUACCAAGAAUGCGCAAGAGGCCGAAGGUCACGCGACCACAGGGAUCAACAGCACCCACCACUUCGGCGAGUUCGACGGCGCAUUGAUUUUGAGAAUAUUUAUUUUAUGUAUAAUUUGCUUGGAUUUGUUGCAUAUACCCUAACGGCAGGAAGCGGGCGUUACAAGGCGGACAGGUGAACAUAUCAUAUCAGGCUCAGGAAAUGCAUCACAUCGGGCUCAUCGGUAAAUGAGCAGAUCAUGUUAGGCAUUUAAGGGAGUCGGGUGCAUUUGAUAUGGCGUUAUGGAACAUAGCGUAGAAGCUAUUUGGCACUUCUAUGUAGCAAGGAGUGAAGCCCAUUGUCGGUUUGAUGGGUGGAUGAGAUCGUGACGUUGGAGAACUUGAGAGGUUGAUUCAUCUCGCCUACAUGAAUCUGUUCACGUGAAGCCCUUCACGUGUGUAAUAUGACGGGCGAUUUAUGUCUACGAUACUUGAAGAGUACAUGAUUGACCAAGAGGAUACGCUUCAUAGCUAGGGGAUUCAAGUCGAUAGUCAUAAUGAGGCACCUUUUCAACAGGGGGGUCGGUCUCGAGCUUGACUUCACGCCAGUAUCAAUCAAGUUACUAUUGAGAACACAAAGCCGUUCUAGCGCCUUAUGCAUUGUUUUCGGAAAACUAGUUGUCCGACGUCUGUACGCUUUGUCUGGAGAAUGUCUUCUCGAGCUACUUAAGAAAUAACAAAGGCAACGUGUAUGAUGUCUACUAACCUGAU